GAAAGGAAAGCAGCAACGUGAGUGGGACCGGAAGGGGCUUAGCGCCACUUCCGGACUGUGGGUCUCCGCCCCUUCGCUCCCGGAAGUGGCAGGGAGCGGCGUCGCCAUGGCGGCAUCUCUAGGGCAGGUGCUGGCUCUGGUGCUGGUGGCUGCCCUGUGGGGUGGCACACAGCCGCUGCUGAAGCGGGCCUCCUCCCGCCUGCAGCAAGUUCAUGAGCGGACCUGGGCCCGGCAGUUGCUGCAGGAGAUGAAGACCCUCUUCUUGAACACUGAGUACUUGAUGCCCCUUUUCCUCAACCAGUGUGGCUCCCUUCUCUACUACCUCACCUUGGCAUCAACAGAUCUGACCCUAGCUGUACCCAUCAGCAACUCUCUGGCCAUCAUCUUCACACUGAUUGUUGGGAAGGUCCUUGGAGAAGAUAUUGGUGGAAAAGGAGCAUUCACAGGCAUGGUGCUCACCAUGGCAGGAAUUACACUCUGCGUCACAAGCUCCGUGAGCAAGACCCAGGGGCAACUGUCUGCCCGUUGAGUGGGCCGAUGCCACCCUGCAGCGCUUCUGUCUCCAGGAAGCCCCUGAGCUGUGAGGUGCAGCCUCACGUGAGGUGCAGCAGAUGGACCUAGCACUUCCCCGCCUGAGCCUCAGCGUCCUCCUCUCUUAGGGGGCUAAGAGCUACCUCGUGGUGGAUUGCACAAGAGAACUGGAGCAAAAGGGUUUUGUAACUUCCGAGAUCUGUUCGACUGCUAGGAUUUAGCACAAGAGACUUCACGCUCCUCCAGCGACCCUUCUGCCCCAGCAGCCCUCUUCGUGCUUUCAUGUCAGGCCCCCAGCCCAGCCACUGUCACUAUGGCCUGAUCCGGACUGUCACAGCAGCAGGGUCCAUGGACUGCAUGGAGACAGCCAGCUGUAGUCUGAGCCAGAAAUGCAAACAGAAGGCCUCCAGAGCUGUCAGGGGCCCCCGCUGCCUGAGGGGCAUCUGAGGGGAUGAAUGGCAGGUGUAGAGAUGAGCGGUCUGGUAGCAUCGCCUGUCCCACCCAUGAGAUGGGUGGAAAUCCUCACCAGCCUGCCCCUCUCAGACAGCCAGCCUCCUGUGGGCCCCUGCACCACCUCACUCCAGCCAUGUGGUACGGUACCUGGCUAGCAGUAGCCUCAAAUAAAUCUGCACUAAACAGAC